AAUUUACAAUAUAAAACUUACAAAUUUUGGUAUGAUUAAAUUUUAUGGUGCAAUCUCGGAAUCGAAUGAAUAUACGAGCAAUAUUAGGGACAUUUGUUUUGAAGUUAUCAUCCAAAUCUCAUUCAUGCCAAGUCUCGCGAAUCCUCUUCUCUUUUGUCAAAACAAUCCCUGAAGAAUAAAGAAAAAAAGGUCGGGUUUUUUGUGUACUAAUAGCAGAAAGAACAAAAAUUCUACCUUCAAAAUUUUGUCACUGCCUUUCUUCUCUGCACAAAAUAUCUUGCACUAGACUAGUUAUGUCAUGAAUCUGUUCUCUGCACAAAAUAUCUUGCACUAGAUGUACUAUGAAUCUGGGCAUUUUCAGUAUAUAAUACUAAUUCCAGAUCUAGAUCAUCCUUAUCAGAGAAUGAUUAUAAAGGAAGCAAAUCUUAGUAUUAUUAUCCCUUCCUUAUACAACCCAAUUUCCUUUUCCUCAUCAAAAACUCCCAAAAUUAUGUCCACAAUCUCCUCAAUCCUCACAAAACAAGAAACUGCUCAUAAUCCAUCUGAUAACACAAAAUCCCACGAAAUGCCAACAAUUUCCCCCUUUGAUUUCAAGUCAUACAUGGCUGAAAAAGCCAGAUCUGUGAAUAAAGCUUUGGAUAUGGCUGUAACCCUAAAACACCCAGAACAAAUCCAUGAAGCAAUGAGAUAUUCUUUGCUUGCAGGAGGAAAGAGGGUCAGACCAAUUCUUUGUAUCGCAGCCUGCGAGCUCGUAGGAGGGGAUCAAUCGGCAGCAAUGGCUGCCGCUUGUGCUGUGGAAAUGAUUCAUACCAUGUCAUUAAUACACGAUGAUCUUCCUUGUAUGGACAAUGACGAUCUCCGCAGGGGAAAACCCACCAAUCACAUAGUGUUUGGUGAGGGUGUUGCUGUCCUUGCAGGGGAUUCCCUCCUGUCAUUUGCUUUUGAGCACCUGACAACAGCCACCCCACUGAGCCAGGUCUCCCCGGGACAGAUAGUGUGCGCUGUAGGCGAACUGGCUCGGGUUAUCGGGGCAGAAGGGCUUGUGGCGGGUCAGGUGGUCGACAUCGAUUCUGAAGGGGCUGUCGAUGUCGGCCUCGAUCAGCUCUUGUUUAUCCAUAUGCAUAAAACUGCCAAGCUUCUUGAAGGUUCAGUUGUAAUUGGAGCUAUUAUUGGUGGUGGAAGUGAUUUAGAGGUGGAGAAGCUAAGGAAAUUUGCAACUAGAAUUGGGUUGUUGUUUCAGGUUGUAGAUGAUAUAUUAGAUGUGAUUAAAUCAACAGAGGAAUUGGGGAAAACUGCAGGGAAAGAUUUGGUAGCAGAUAAGGUAACAUUCCCUAAAUUGAUGGGGGUUGAAAAAUCAAAGGAGUAUGCUGAAAGAUUGGUUAAAGAGGCCAAAGAACAGCUUGUUGGGUUUGAUCUAGAGAAGGCAAAACCAUUGAUUGCUCUUGCUGAUUAUAUUGCUAAUAGACAGAACUGAUUGAACAUAUUUAAAUUUGAGUCUUUUUGGAACUUAUGGAAGAAGUUGUUUAUUGUUAUAGUUGUAGUAAAUUUGACUAAUUUUGUUUAGAAAAGAGGAACAAUUAGAUGCUCAAUUUAGGAUACAAUUGCUAUGAAAUCUCCAAUGUACAAGCAUUAACUUUCUUACUGAUUUUAAUACAUAGUGGAUAUUAUCAUUGUUUGUUUAAUUAUAGAAAUUAUUUUGUAGACUUGGGUCUCAUCCAUAAGCCAAAUUAGAAAGUCAAAGUUGAGGGGACAAGGUAUAUGAAGAAUGCUAUCACUAUAUAAUCGAAAAAUCUUUAGGGGUUGACAAACUAGGCCGUAGAGGCUGAGCACUGCCAGCCCCAUGUGGAGUUGGAAGAUAAAGUAAGAGUAAUCUAGAGAACUAUAGAUGAAGAAAACUAGAAAAGGAUGACGAAAACUAGAAAAGGAUGAUAACACAUGCAUCUACUAAACAAGUUUAUAAAUACAACUUGAAAUGCUUGUAUGGAAGUGUGCUUACAAAAAGAUAGGAAGUAAGUAUCGAGACACUGAGCUCAAAAAAUUAGAGUGUUAGUAUGUAUAGGUAAGGAGCAAGCGUUUC